AUGUCUAACGACUACCCAAGCUUGUUCCGCUCGGAGCAGAUGAGCUUGGUGCAGCUUUUCGUGCCCACGGAGGUUGCCCAUGACACCGUCGCCGAACUCGGAGAACUAGGAAACGUGCAGUUCAAAGAUUUGAAUCCCAGCAUCAAUCCCUUCCAACGUUCGUUUGUCGGCGAAAUUCGUCGCAUAGACGAGAUGAGCCGCCGUGUCCGGUUCUUCUCCACCCAGAUUGAGAAGGAGAAGGACGUUAUACCUAUCCGCCCCCUCUAUGAUUCCGCUCCAUUAAUUACUGUCGGUCCCCGGGGGCCGCAGACCAUCGACGAACUCGACGUGACCCUUGCUGAACAUGAAGCGCGUCUCAUCACAAUGAAUGAAAGCUACCAGACUCUGAGCGAACGGACCAAGGAGCUGGUUGAAGCCCGUCAUGUUUUACGGGAGACCGCUGUUUUUUUCGACAAGGCACAAGGUCAUCAAAGCGACAUUCGCACCUCGUUUGACGACAGCUCAGCUCCCUUGCUGCAACACGACGAUCGCGAAAACCAAUAUUCAACUGCCUCCGCUAUCCAGUUCGACCUCGAGUUCGUCGCUGGGACCCUUGACCGCGCUCGAAUCCCAACUUUUGAGCGUGUUCUGUGGCGCGUUCUGCGUGGCAAUCUUUACAUGAACCACACCGAUAUUGUCGAACCCUUCGUUGAUCCACUCACUGGGGCCGAGACCCGCAAGAAUGUGUUCAUCAUCUUUGCCCAUGGAGAUGCUUUACUUGCCAAAAUUCGUAAAGUCGCGGAGUCCAUGGGUGCCACGCUCUACCCUAUCGACGCAAACGCCGACAAGCGAACAGAGUCCCUUCGGGAGGUGUCCGUCCGUCUUGAGGACCUUCAAACGGUUCUUUACAAUACCGGGAUGAAUCGCCGCACCGAGCUCGUGAAGAUUGGCGAGAGCCUGCGGAGCUGGCAGGAUGUUGUCCGCAAGGAAAAGUUGAUCUACGAGGCCCUCAAUCUCUUCAACUAUGAUGUCCGCAGGAAAACGCUCAUUGCCGAAGGCUGGGUGCCUACGAGGGAUAUUCCUGAAAUCCAACUUACUCUUCGACGUGCCACGGAGCAUUCUGGGACCAGUAUGGCUCCCAUCCUACACGAAUUACACACAAACAGAACCCCACCAACUUACAACCGCACCAACAAGUUCACGGAGGGCUUCCAACUGAUCAUGGAUAGUUAUGGUGUCGCCGCUUAUCAGGAGGUCAACCCUGGCCUUUUUGCUGUCGUGACCUUCCCGUUCUUGUUUGCUGUCAUGUUUGGUGAUAUCGGACAUGGCUUCAUCAUCUUUUGCGCCGCGCUCUACAUGAUUGCCGUGGAGAAGAAGUGGGCUAAGCAGGAACUAGAUGAGAUCAUUGGGCAAUUCUUCACUGGUCGUUACAUUAUCCUGCUGAUGGGCGUGUUUUCAAUGUACACGGGUCUGAUGUACAACGAUAUCUUCUCCAAGUCCCUCCACAUUUGGCACUCAGGCUGGACUUUUCCUGAGGCCAGCAAUGGCACUCAACGCAUUCCUGCUGUUUCAAACGGACAUACCUAUCCUUUUGGUCUCGAUCCGGGUUGGCAUGGUGCCGAGAACAUGCUUGUCUUCACCAACUCGUACAAGAUGAAGAUGUCAAUUGUGCUGGGAGUCAUUCAUAUGACCUUCGCUCUCUGUUUACAAGUUCCUAAUCACAUCCGAUUCAAGCGACCCAUCGACAUUUACGCCAACUUCAUCCCUCAAAUGAUCUUCCUACAGUCCAUCUUCGGUUAUCUCGUUAUUUGCAUCCUUUACAAAUGGAGCAUUGAUUGGACGAAGUCGAGCACCGCCCCACCGUCUUUGCUGAACAUGCUCAUCACCAUGUUCCUCACUCCCGGCACGGUUGACCCCGAGACGCAACUUUAUCGUGGACAGGGUGCUAUUCAGACCGUGUUGUUACUUUUGGCACUGAUUUGCGUGCCGAUCAUGCUUAUUGGCAAACCGUACUAUGUCUGGCGCGAGAUGAAGGCACACGAAGGCGCUGGCUAUAUUGGGCUGCAUGAAGGCCGACACAGCGAGGACAACGGAUUGCUCGGUGAAGAAGAGGGCACGAACGGACACUCUAAUGGUGGAGCUGUUAUUGAGGAUGGCGGUGAUGAGGAACAAGAGCCGCACGAAUUCAGCGACGUUGUUAUUCACCAAGUCAUCCACACCAUCGAGUUCUGUCUCGGCUGCAUUUCGCAUACGGCGUCCUAUCUCCGACUUUGGGCGCUGUCGCUGGCACACGCGCAGCUGUCCGAAGUGCUUUGGACGAUGAUCCUCGCGGGCUCGCUUAACCCGUCGGGUUUGUUGGGCUGGCUCGGCUUUGCGUUCGCAGGCUUCAUGUGGUUCAACCUGACGGUGGGCAUUCUCUGUGUGAUGGAGGGCUUAUCGGCAUUCUUGCAUGCGUUGCGUUUGCAUUGGGUCGAGGCGAACAGCAAGCAUUUCGAGGGUGGCGGAUAUGCGUUUACUCCGCUGACGUUCGCUGAAUAA